AUGUUGGCAGGCUUAAAGAGACGUUGCAGUCUUAAAGCUCUUCGGGAACGGUUUACACCGCCGUUUAAUGUUGGUUUACGAACCCAACUUAUUAUUCUCGUGUGCUCUAUUUGCGUUUUAUCGUUAACAAUCAUUACGGUUACUACUGGGGUUUAUUUCACAACGAACUACAAAUCCGUACGAGCUGAAAGAUUACAGGUUGCAGCACAAUUAAAAUCAUCACAAGUUGAUCAGAACUUGAAUUAUUUAUACUAUCAAAUAUAUUGGUUGUCUACAAGAGACACAUUACAAGAUGCGUUAGUCAAUUUUAGAGCUGGUAAUUCAUCUAGAGAUAAUUGGAAUUCUGCAGAAGACAGUUUAGAAAAGUUUCUUGGUUCUUCAGGUUUGUUCAGUGCUGCUAGAGUUUAUGAUACGUCUUUCAACACCGUAAUAAACUCCACCAAUAAUGGGUCUGGUGACAACAUUCCGGAAAACGUUUUAGCAGAGCUCUUUCCUCUAUCUGGCGUAGAGCCUUUGUCUUCUUCGCUACUAACUACGGGUAUCGUUACAGAUCCGGUAUAUAACUGGACAAAUUACUUGUUGUCCAUGUCAUUGCCAGUUUCAACAAAUCCAUCUAUUAUUCUGAAUACUAACGAAAUUGCCGGCUAUAUUACUGUCAUUGCAUCGGCGGAAAGUUUAAAGGCUGUUGUAAAUGAUACAAUUGCUUUAGAUAAGUCAUCCGUAUCAAUCCUAUCUGCUGUUUUCGAUAGUAAUAGUUCACUGACUGGUUAUCAUUUCGUUUUCCCUCCGCAUGGAACCUCAUCAUUCAGUUCAAAAGUGACUUUUCCAAUUAAGAACGGCACGUUUAUAGCUGAUGCAUUCGAAAAUGGGAAAGUUGGUUCAGUUAUGAAAACAAAUAUGGUUCAGGAGAGAAACAUAGCAGUAGGGUAUUCACCACCAACUUUUAAACUUGUAAAUUGGGUGGCCGUUGUUACCCAACCUGAACAAGUAUUCUUGUCUCCCACUAUACGGCUUAUGAAAAUCAUUGCUGGUACGGUGUGCGCUAUUGCCGUAUUUAUGUGCUUAUUGACUUUCCCUAUAGCACACUGGGCUGUGCAACCUAUAGUCAGACUUCAGAAGGCUACUGAAAUCAUUACAUCUGGGAGAGACUUAAAGCACUAUAGCAACACUGGCAAUUCAGAUUCAAAUACUGCAAUUACACAUUCUAGGACUCGUAGCACAUCUAACCAAAACCAGGUGAUGAAGCUGUUCAACAAAUCUGUCACCAAAGGUACGCCCAGUAAUUAUCUGAAUCACAAUUAUAAUGUUUUCCCUCCAAGUAGAACAGAUUCACCAAGCGUUUCCGCAAGAAACUCACAGACUAUACCCAGAGGCCCCGGAGACCUGACACGUUCAGCUACUACUGGAUCUACCCCAUUUUCUAAUGAUUCUUCUUCAUAUACCUCCGAACGAUAUAUCAAAUCAACCAACCUAGUGGAAGCAUAUGUCCCAGUAUACAGAAGAUUUUUUCAAGAUGAACUAUCAGAACUCACAGAUACAUUUAACACAAUGACAGAUGAGCUAGAUAGACACUAUGCUCUUUUAGAAGAAAGAGUUCGUGCUAGAACAAAACAAUUAGAAGCGGCUAAGAUUCAGGCCGAGUCUGCAAAUGAAGCAAAAACAGUUUUCAUUGCCAACAUUUCUCAUGAAUUGAGGACUCCACUAAACGGUAUCCUUGGUAUGACUGCAAUUGCCAUGGCAGAAACUGAUAUGCAAAAAGUGCAGAACAGUUUGAAGUUGAUUUUCAGAUCAGGUGAAUUGUUGUUGCAUAUUCUAACAGAACUUUUGACUUUCUCUAAGAAUGUCUUAAAGAGAACAAAAUUGGAGGAACGUGACUUCUCCGUUAUGGAUAUUGCUUUGCAGAUUAAAUCCAUCUUUGGCAAACUAGCAAAAGAUCAGCAUGUUAAAUUGUCCAUUGCCCUUACACCAAAUUUCAUUAGAACUUUGGUAUUAUGGGGUGAUUCAAAUAGAAUCAUUCAAAUUGUUAUGAAUCUAGUCUCAAAUGCUCUAAAAUUCACACCAGUUGAUGGUAAAGUUGAUGUUAGGAUCAAAUUGCUUGGCGAAUACGACUCAAAAAGGAGUGAAAGUGUCGAUUAUCAAGAGGUAUUUGUGGUCCCUGGUUCUGAAGCAAAUGAUGAUUUUGAGUUCAAUUUAACUUCAACUACUCCCAUGAGGCUUCCUUUCAAUUCUUCUAGUGGCAGCGUUAAUACUGCUACUAAAGAUGGAUCAACUUCCCCAACAACUAAGACAAAAGAAGGCUCAAUUCAAGUCGAAUCCGAAACGUCAACGGAGGGCAAUGACAACGAUGAAAGUAGCAUUGUUCUUGAAAGUAAGCACGAAGAAAACGAAGACGAAAAAGAAAAGAUGUCAAUAUUAUCUACAAGUACUUCAAGCUCUUACGAUGAUGCAAUUUUCCAUUCGCAGUUCAAGAAAGUUCUGUCUUCAACGGAUUCAGAUACGGAAGAGAAUACGUUCAGAGAUCUUAAGGUACCAAAGACUUGGGUUAUAAGUAUGGAAGUGGAAGAUACUGGCUCGGGUAUUGAUCCUUCACUUCAAGAAUCUGUUUUUGAACCGUUUGUUCAAGGUGAUCAGACGCUCUCUAGACAAUACGGUGGAACUGGCUUGGGCUUAUCCAUUUGUAGGCAGUUGGCAAAGAUGAUGAAAGGUACAAUGAAGUUGGAUUCGAAAGUUGGUGUUGGAAGUAAAUUUAUUUUCACUGUGCCACUACAGCAAACAAAAGAGAUAGUAUUCGAUGGUGCUGAAAAACAGUUUGAAGAUGAGUUCAAUAUUCACAGCAGGAAGAACAGAAAGGUUAAAUUUAAAAUCAAUUCCUCUAGGAAAUCUGUUCAAACAAAGAAAUCUAAAUCUAGUAUCGACGGACAUAGCGAUAACAAUGUCAGUGAGAGAAAAGCCAGUAAUUCUACUGAAAAUAGCGUUGGGAAUGUUCGUGUUGAUAGACCAUUUUUACAAAGUACGGGUACGGCGACCAGUACUAGGAGUAUAUCAUCUGUAGCAAGUGAAGUUACUCGGCAUAGAGUUUUGGUUGCUGAAGAUAAUAAUGUCAAUCAGGAAGUUAUAAAAAGAAUGCUUCAGUUAGAAGGACUCACAGAUCUUGAUAUGGCAUGUGACGGACAAGAAGCUUAUGAGAAAGUUGAAGAAAUCUUAAAGAAUGGCGAAUCCUACUCCAUGAUAUUCAUGGAUGUUCAAAUGCCGAGGGUGGAUGGGUUGUUGGCUACCAAAAUGAUCCGGAAUGAUCUAUUAUAUAAAGGGCCCAUUGUUGCGUUAACCGCAUACGCAGAUGAUAGCAAUAUUAAAGUUUGUCUAGAAAGUGGAAUGGAUGGUUUCCUACCAAAACCCAUUAAAAGACCAUUGUUAAAGAAAAUAAUCGCACAGUACUGUUCGAAAAAAGAGAAACAGAGAGAAGAAUAG